AGGCGGAGGAAGAGGAGGAGCGGCAACGACUGGCGGCGCGGCGGAGGCAGGGAUCCGAUGUGCCACAUCGGGAUGAGAGCGAGACCCAAAGCCGGGGCGGAUGAGUCAGAUGACGGAUCUCGUUGUCACAGAACUCUCAAAAUUCGAGUAAAUUAGGAAGGGCUCGAGCGGCGAAGUAUCAAUUGGCAUAAUAGGUAGUAUUUUUUAAGCUGUUGUCUCAUUCCGCCUCCAUUUAUUCCGCCCUCCUCUGGUCCGCGUCUGCUAUAGCCUAGUUUUGAUGAUUUUUUUUUUUAUUUCCGCCUAACUGGGUAAACUGGGCGUCCGGAGGAGUGGGGGGGUUUUGUUUCAUUCUUUAAAAAGACUCGCAUCAGAAGACAAACCCCGUCGAGCCUGACAUUUUCUUUUUUCUUUUUAAAGUCUUUUGUUUCGUUGAGAAGAGCAAAGAUGUCGGGACAGAGUAUUACGGACCGGAUAACUGCCGCCCAGCACAGUGUAACGGGAUCCGCUGUGUCGAAAACAGUUUGCAAGGCAACCACGCACGAAAUUAUGGGGCCGAAAAAGAAACACUUGGAUUAUUUGAUCCAUUGCACCAAUGAGAUGAACGUGAAUAUUCCCCAACUGGCUGACUCGCUGUUUGAGAGGACCACCAACACCAGCUGGGUUGUAGUGUUCAAGUCCCUUAUCACUACACACCACCUCAUGGUCUAUGGCAACGAGCGCUUCGUCCAAUACUUGGCUUCAAGGAAUACACUCUUCAACCUCAGUAAUUUUUUGGACAAAAGCGGGUUACAAGGUUAUGACAUGUCCACGUUUAUCAGGAGAUAUAGUCGUUACCUAAACGAGAAAGCUGUGUCAUACAGACAGGUUGCCUUUGACUUCACAAAAGUUAAGCGUGGUGUGGACGGUGUAAUGAGGACCAUGAACACAGAGAAGCUGCUCAAGACUAUUCCUAUUAUCCAGAACCAGAUGGAUGCUCUUCUCGAUUUUAAUGUCAAUGCCAAUGAGCUGACUAACGGGGUCAUCAAUGCCGCUUUCAUGCUCCUCUUCAAAGACUCCAUCAGGCUUUUUGCUGCUUAUAAUGAAGGGAUUAUCAACCUGCUCGAGAAAUAUUUUGACAUGAAGAAGACUCAGUGUAAAGAAGGUUUGGACAUUUACAAGAAGUUUCUUACCCGAAUGACCCGGAUAUCUGAGUUUCUAAAAGUAGCAGAGCAGGUGGGAAUUGAUCGAGGUGACAUUCCAGACCUUUCACAGUUCACAGUUUGUGCACCCAGCAGCCUUCUUGAAGCUCUGGAGCAACAUUUGGCCUCUCUAGAAGGCAAAAAAGUCAAAGACUCCACUGCAGCCAGCAGGGCCAGCACUCUGUCAAAUGCUGUGUCAUCACUGGCCAGCACAGGGAUGUCUUUCACUAAAGUGGAUGAGCGGGAGAAGCAGGCAGCUCUCGAAGAGGAACAGGCUCGACUCAAAGCACUCAAGGAGCAGAGACUCAAAGAGCUCUCCAAGAGGCCAUCUUUUUCCACCACAGACACAUCCCCAAUCUCCACCACUGGAGGCACCAUCAGCACAGCUCCUGCCAUCGACCUCUUCUCCACACCCAGCUGCUCCAACGGCGCAGUGAAGAUGGAGAACGACCUCUUUGACCUGCAGUCCACCUUCCAGCCCUCCAUGCACUCGGGCGCCACAGGGCUUCCAGCAGCUACAGCAUGGGCAGAUCCUUUCACAUCUGCCGAAGCCGGAGAUGAUUCCAUGCCAAACCUUAACCCUUUCCUCUCAAAACUCGUUGUCGAUGCCACUCACUUACCUGUCGUGUCUUCAGACGGUGUUAGCUUUUCCUCUAGGACAUCUGCUCAUGAAAUGUUUGGUGAUCGUUACAAUCCCUUUAUUGACACAAACUCAUCAGUUUCAACCAAUUACAAACGCACUGUGCGGAUAGAACACUCCAUCUCAGACUCCUUCUGUGGUCCAGUGUCAGUUGCCCAGCACCUCCCUCAUCAGAACCCCUUUCCUACUGAGCCCUCUACUGUAGCAGGUCUAUUCAGAGGAUACUCGGCGCCACAGGCCCCUCCGCAGCAGCCGGCAGGUGCACUCCAGGUGGACUUUGAGUCCGUUUUUGGAAAUAAGGCCAGCGGGAGCAGUAGCCUCAACUCGGAUGAUAUUACUGGAGGCAUCCUGAAACCGACUCUUGCUGGCUCCAACCUGGCGUCCAAUCAGCUGCCUGAGAAGCUGGUGUCUGACGACCUUGACUCUUCCCUGGCAAACCUUGUUGGCAACUUGGGCAUCGGAAACGGCACAAUGAAGAAUGACAUCCACUGGAGCCAGCCAGGGGAGAAGAGGAUGACCGGCGGCACCAACUGGCAGCCCAAAGCGGCACCGACCACGACCUGGAACCCUGUCUCCAUGGCUCCAUCAAUCAUGGCAUUCCCUGCCACCACACCCACAGGCAUGAUGGGAUACAGCAUGCCUCCACAAAUGAGCACGAUGGGGAUGAUGAAUCCUCCCACUAUGAUGUACACCCAGCCCGUCAUGAGGCCACCCAACCCCUUUGGCUCUGUGUCCAGCGCUCAGCCCUCUGCAGCCUCUAGUCCUUCCAGCCAGAGUCCUCUCCGAGCCCCUGGACAGGACCCGUUUGCACACCUCUCUCUGAAGGAUUUCUUGUAGAGCAUCUCUUUAGAUGCAGUUCAUGUAAUUUGAAGGAAGUGGUCUCUCAGAAGAUGAAGCACUUAGCAGCAAAACCUUGUCCUCGUUGCAGUCUAACUCUUCAGAGUAACACACACACACACCCACAUACACACCUCCCCCUCCACAUACACACACACACAAUCCAGACAAGAACCCAGUGGGGCAACAGCAGUCAAAAACCAUGGCAACUAUGUCCAAACGCCAUUUGACCGCAGCUCAGACCUAUAAUUCUGAACUAACUCGCCCAAGACAUCGAGUGAUGCUGCUGUCCAACCCCCCCACCGUGAAGAGGACCGCUAUGUGUUCCACAAUGACGUCUGCACAGAUGAAAUGGGUAUGGAGGAGUCGCUGGGGUUGGAUUGUAAAGGCUUUGGUGUUUGGGGAGGGAACAAAAGAAGAGCAGUCCCGCCCCUUUCCUUAUCGAAUCAUCCGUCGUCCACGCCCCGCAGUUAUUUAACUGUCACUAGGUAGUGAUGCUAAUGACGUUUACACCCGUUUAGUUUUUGUCUUUUUUACCGUGUUUACAGUAGACAUUCCUUGUGUGUCGUUUGUAUUUAUUUAUGAUUACCGGUUGAAGAUUGGGGAUUUAAACAACAAAAAUAUAUGAAAAAAAAGAAUCUACCGUACAUUGAACACGUGGGAGUGCUUCGACAUUAACAAGGAUCUCUGACUAUCAUUGAAAGGUAGAGUUUAAAAUAGAUAUUAUAUAAAUUACACCUGUUAAGCGGAAUGAUAGAGCACUAAAUAUUCUCCAAAGUUUUGUGUUAAGAAAAGAGGGUCUUUUUUUUCCUUUCUAUUUUUUUUUUUUUUUACUAGGUGAACGAUUUCAUCACAAUCUCAUUGUACUUACAGUGCAGGGCUGUGAGUAUGAGUCAGUUAACAGUAUAUAGUGGAUUCUGUGCCUAGGGUUUUCUUUUUGCUCCGGAUCGGUCUCCUUACUAGUCGCAGAACACUUCACCCACUAAUCUGAAGUGUGGCACUGGGUGGUGGGCUCCAUUUGCUUUAAGCUUGGCAUGCCGCUGACUCACUGACUGUAAUCAAAGGCUGCCUUUACUCUGAAUGUGAGAGUUGUCUUCAUGUUGCACACAUCUUUCUGCACUGCAGUUCUUCAGUGAGAGAGGGGUGUUAGAGCAGAAGGAGGCCUGCUGGUUGGAUAAUUGUCACACCAGUUGGAGAGUGGAAGGAGGGUGGGGGGGGGGCAAAUUUGGUGUAAGUUAAUUGUAAAAAAAUAAAAAAAAUAAAAGGCUCCAUAGACGUGGGGUGGGGAGGAGCAGCACUGUUGAUCGGUGCGACGUGUACAUAAACACUGACUGUUCUUUGAAUGCAUAAGUGAAAGAUGUAUGAAAUAUGAAAGCAAUUCAAUCAAAUUUGACUCUACCUAAGUUUGAUUCAGGAUAUUCUCUGCGUUGUUGUCCGCAGACGUUUUCUUUAUGUAAUUAGAACGUGUAGCAGAUGAUGACUGAACUCUUUCUUUCUUUUACAAAUAAAGAGCAGCUUCCACAAAGAUCA